AUGCUGUCAGCCAAAGUCCAACGUCGCGACAAUAACAACGACACCAACAAAUCCAUAGAUGACGCCAUGAGACAUCCAAAUGCGACAGGAUCAUGGCCGAUCCACGGUGUCGACGUGACCAAACCAUUGCGGGACCCACCUUCGGAUGAGUACGGUCGAGGCAACGGGUGGACCAUCGACAUCGCCGUCGCAACGAACAUCACCAUCACCGAGUCGGAGUCCAGGUUCAAUAUCCGGGAACUGAAUCUCAAAGUACCGGAUAACGCCUUCUCAGGAACGUACCAAACGGUCAACGCUACCGAGCACUACGACGUAUGCUCAUGUAUGUGGUGGGGGAACCGCUGGUCAUCAGACGACAUGGAGAAAUUUCAACAAAACGCCGACGGUUCCUGCAACGGCGUCAUCCCUGAGAGUUGCAUCGCGUACGUGAGAGAAACGCUUUCGGGAGGCUUGUGCAACAGGCCUGCCUCCUACAAAACGCCCGAAGGCUGCCACGCGUUAGCACCCUCUUUCGCCGUCACAGCGAGUAUGGUGCUUAGAGCCAACAAGUCCACCUACGGCAUCGGCCGCAACUGGGGCCUCUACACGGAUGGUUCGGAGGAGCUGGCGGCCUACGACCAUGCCGUCACGAACGUCUUCCCCGUAAUGUUGCUUUACAAGUACGACGACGGAGAGGUGCGGUCCAACUACACUGUCUUCCGAUGCGUUCGUGCCAACCAAAUCGCGGAGGGCAGCCGCCAACCUGAAGCUUUCGGGGACAGACGGGGCUCGGCUGGCGUUUUCGGAGUGUCCAUGUUUUCUCUCUUCACAGGGCUGGUUUUGUGUCUCAUGGUGACGUCCCUCAUGUAA